AGGGUUCUGGUGAUUGUUGCUUAGGGUUUUCUGAGAGAAAGCAUGUUGUUAACUACGGGAAGAAAGGAGAAACUCUCUGUUUCUAAAGGUUCUGAAAUUGAAGUCUCUUCUCAAGAGUUUGAGUAUGGUACUGGCAAUGUCUGGUACUGCGCCAUUCUUGAAGAAAAUCUAGCUAAAUCGAAGCGGAAGAAGCUCUCUGUUCGUCACUUGGAUCCUCUGCUCAAGGAUGAUUAUUCUCCUCCGUUAAUCCAAACCACCGUGCAUCGUUUGAUGCGUCCAGUUCCGCCGCCGGAUCCGUUUCCAGAGGUCGAUUUUGAGGAAGGUGACGUCAUUGACGCUGCUCAUAAAGGUGGUUGGUGGUCUGGCUUGGUGAUUAAAGUUUUGGGAAAUCGGCGUUUCUUGGUGUAUCUCAGAUUCCAACCUGAUGUCAUCGAGCUUCAACGAAAGGAUCUGCGUCCGCAUUUGACUUGGAAAGAUGACGAAUGGUUUCGAUACGAGAAACAACAAUUGACUGAGUCGGAUUUUAGUGCCGGAAAGUCUGUAGAAGUCAGAACUGAGGUACACAAUUUGGGCGAUGUUUGGGCUCCGGCUAUGGUCAUUAAGGAGAAUGAAGAUGGGACAUUAUUGGUAAAGUUGAAGACUUUGAGCGAUGAAGAGGUCGAUUGCACCAAGAUAAGCGUUUCUUAUUCCAAAAUCCGACCUUCACCACUGCCUAUUGGUCUAAGAGAUUACCUAUUGAUGGAAAAUGUGGAUGCGCUUGUCGAUUCUGGAUGGUGUCCGGGUGUUGUUAGUAAAGUUCUGUUUGGGAAGAGAUACGCAGUGGCUUUGGGGCCAAACAAGGAGAGUAAGGAGUUUAGCCGUUUGCAGUUAAGACCUUCUAUAGAGUGGAAAGAUGGAGUUUGGCAUAAAGAAGAAAAGGUUUAUGAUAGCGAAGAGAGUUCGCAUGCAGUUGAAGAAACAGCUCGUUCAACCCGCAUAAGGGUAACUGUUCGAACUGCCUUGAGAGAGAAAAAUGCUUCGGCCUCAGUAAAAAAUUUGAGGGCGACACGCUCUUCUAGUGGUGCUAUCCAGAAUAUGCAGAAUCCUCUUCCUGCCUCUUCCUGUGGAGAUGUUGCAGCGGCUGGUAAAGCAUCUGUCACUGUGAGUGAAACACCGCUCUCCGAAACUGCAGCUCAGUUAUCUGGAGAAUUAGGGAGUAGGAUGACUGAUGUUGUGAUGAAUGAGAACACUCCAGUCACAAGCCAACCGGAGAUAGCAGCACCAAAAGAUUUUCACCCAUCGAUAGUCCUGGGCGUAGCCGCAGCGGUCAAAACACAAGGAAAAACAUCUCCGAAGAAGAAACUUCAGGCAAUGAAGAAUCAAAAGAGCUCUACAAAUGAUUCUGCUGGAGAGAAGGCACCUGGGGAGAUGAAAAACAGAGAGAGUGUUAAUAAGAGGAAAAGAGGACAGCCACGAAAGUUCAUAAGCACAGAGCCUAAGCAGAAGUCUGGUGUGUCUGGUAAUAAUUCAAAGGCUGCCACUAUUGAACAUGCCGAUAUGACUGAUGAUGAUAGGCCUCUCGCUUCAUGGAUCCACGCUGGAAAUUCAUCAUCGGGGCAAUCUGUUUCUCGGACUCCUGAUCUAGGGCUUAAUACAGUUGUGGAAAAUCAUGUCGAUGUUAUGGAAACUCCCCCAGCGAGAGAGUCGACAAUGGUUCUACCAUUUGUAAAGAAGUCACAGCUUUGGAAAGUCCUUGAAUCAAUGGAGGUCUUCAAAACAGUGCCACAGCGUCCACAUUUCAGUCCACUGCUAGAUAGCGAAGAAGAGUUCCGUGAAGGAGACGCUAUUGGUACAAUGGUGAAGUUUAGUUCGCUGUUAGAGAAAGUCAACAACCUACAAGUCGACGAUCCAAUAAGCUCGAUUAACAGGAUCGACGAGUGUUUCCUCAAGCUAGAGAAACAUGGGUUCAAUGUUACAACACCUCGAUCACGGAUCGCCAAGCUAUUGUCCAUUAAAGAAAGGCAGACAUGCGCAUUGGAAGAAUUAAAAGCUGUUGAGGAAAAGAUCACAGAGAAUGACAAUAAAAGAAGGAAGUAUGAAGAAGAUAUUGUUGAAUUGCAGAGACAAGAAGUGUUGAUGAAGGAAGCAAAGGUAACACUAGACAAUGAGAUAGCUCGGAUGCAGUCUCAAGCAGCUGUUCUUGACCAAAAGGUUCAGAAUGUAGAUCACGAGUUUCAGGCAAUUGUCGCUACCCCAUGGAAAUAAGCAAGUCGUAGAUCAGACGUUUAUGUUUAAGAAUAAUUGAGUUCUAUGUAUGUUGUUGGUAGAAAACAUAACUUUGACUAAUUAAAUUAAGUAAUGUCU